GUUAACAUUCAGUACACGGACUCACAGAGAGUGAAAACGGGUGCGAGAGGAUCAGAGAGGAGGAGAGGACAGAAGAAGUUUCUCCCCAAAGAAGGCUGCCUCGGAGCGAGUGCGUGAGGGGAAAGAAACGGCACAGUGUGAUCAUUCAUGUCAUCUUUUUUCCCCUCCUACCCACCACAGGUUUAGAGAGGUGAAUGAGGUCGACCCUCUUCUUGGUAUCCAGAGAAAGCGUUAUCUGGGCUCCCUCCAUCUUUCUUCAGGCUGCGUGUAUCAGGCGUCCAGGUUGCACUGAGCAGGAUCUGUACUUCCUACACUGUGGAUGAGGUGGAAAAGAGAUGUCUCCAUGUAAAGAAAGCUGUUGCCGAGUUUGCAGCAGGGGCUUUUAUAGCUGCCACUGGAAGCACUCGAGUGAAAAUAAGAAAGAACAUGCAUGCUGCUGGUUCUCAGGUGUCUCUCUGGUCUCCCUGCUUGCCCUGUGUUGGAUGUACAUUUGUCUGGUUACUUUUAAUGACCGAGAUGAUGUUAACGCGGAAAGCUUCGCAAAGCUGAAACAGUGGGUGAACUGGUUCAUGGUGCUGUUCAUCAUUUCUGCAGUGUUAACCAGCUACUGCGUUCUGCUGCUGCUGUUUGCACUGUUCCAAGUGGCCUUAGGAGAACCACUCGACUUACAUUGGCUACACAAGAUCCUCUUAUUUUUUGGUGUGGUGUUCAUCACUUUUGGGGUCGUAGGAAUCGGUCUCAUAUGGAAACAAGAAUGGCCAAUUGUUCCUCUCUCACUCCAGGCCACAGCUCCUUUCUUGCAGUUUGGUGCUGUUGGGGCGUUGACCCUGCUGAGCCCUUUCAUCUUCCGUGGUUUCUACGUGGCCAAGGGACAAUGUUCUAAGUUCCUCAUUGCAGUGGCAUUCAUAGCGGUGUCAGCAGCCAUCUUCCUGUGUCCACUGUACAUCCAGUCUCCAUGUCUGAUAGAAGUACAUGAAUUACCUGAAAAACCGAAACUCAUUGGCCACCGGGGCGCACCAAUGCUGGCCCCUGAGAACACCAUGAUGUCGUUCGAGAAGAGCAUUGCGUGCGGCGUGACAGCCUUUGAGACAGACAUACAGCUCAGUAAAGACAGAAUUCCCUUCUUGAUGCAUGACAAUAACUUCCCUGGGUUCUUGCGGAGAACGACAGACAUUAAAGACAAGUUCCCUGAAAAAGCCAACUCCAGGGACAGCGCCAACUUCACCUGGGAGGAAUUACAGAGUCUCAAUGCAGGUGAUUGGUUCGUAAAGACAGAUCCUUUCCACUCAGUGUCCUAUCUCUCAGAAGACGACAUAGAAGCAGCCAGGAAUCAGACCAUACCCUCCUUACUUCAGCUCCUCAACCUCGCCAAGGAGCACAACAUCUCAGUGAUAUUUGACAUAUAUAGUCCUGAAAAAGAAAAUGAAACAGAUGACAUAGUCAAAACCAUCUUGCAUUCUGGCAUUGACCGUAGCCGGGUCCUUUGGCUUCCUCCUACAAAAAGAGAACAUGUAAAGAAGAUUGCUCCGGGCUUCACCCACUUCUAUAAAGACAGUGAGGAAAAAGAGGGAAACUACCUGAAUGUGAAAUACAGCGAGCUGAAUAUGGCAGACAUCAGGAAACACCGUAGCAGUAACGUUACAGUGAACAUAUGGGGGGUUAAUGAGCGUUGGCUGUUCUCUCUGCUGUGGUGUUCAGGAGCCAGCUCUGUCACCACCAACUCCUGCCACAUUCUAAAAGACAUGGACCGGCCUGACUGGGUCCUGGCGCUUCGGACCUACAAAAUAAUAUGGAUUACAGUGGACAUUGCAUCUAUUGUGAUAAUAACUGGAAUCUACAUCUUGCAGUGGAAAACACACUGUUUCUCUCACAGAAAAGGGGCAAGAAACACAACUACACCGGACUGGAACGAGAAGGAACUGGCUCCAUUUAUAUCCAGUAGCUAGUUGGCCUCACUGCAGCAGGAAAUUCUUCUGCCCCAAAACUUACAAACAUCCUUGUCUGCACUGCCAGAAUGGUUUGGCCCUAGAUAAGGAAAAAAGCACUGAAUUACCAUACACUGUAUUUUGAAGCCGUGAAAAUAAGAAUGUUUAUACUGGAUGUUAGUUUUUUAUUCCAAUAUAAGUCUAGCUGGUUAACGGGGUUUAUCUUUCACUGGGUUUUGAUUAUUUUUCUGUUGCUGCUAAAAAUAUGAAGCUUUCCUCUGACUGUAUCAUCGCAGGGGUCUCCAGCCUUUUUGAGUGAGAGCUAUCUAAAGGGCUACUCUGUAUACUUGACGAACGAAUGUUUCAAUAGAAUAACAAAGCAGUGUGUAAUUUCACCUUUAGUGGUUUACAUAUACAAGGCUGAACCAAUCUGAUUUGGAAUUGCGGGAGUUAUUUUUUCUCUGGUUUCAUUAACACAGAAGCAUCUUAUGAGAAAUCUAGUGAUAUGAACUAUGAGUCAUGUAUUUAAGUGUUUGGCCACAAUGGAAAGCCUUUCUACACUUCCUUGAAAGUGGUACAGAAAAGAAAAAUACUUAGAUAGAAUAGAAUAUAGAAUAGAUUACAGAACAUGCUCGGUUGUCAGCUCAUAGGCUACUUGGAGACCCCUGUAUUGUUGCAACGUGCACUAUAGAUCUGCACUGGAUUUCCUCUUGACACUUUAGGUUGUUGUUCGUUUUCUGUUGUUUCUUUUUGUUACAAAAUUUUUUUUUAAAUCACAGUGUCAUGAAAAGGGGAGUAUUUGAAUGAUCAGGUGUGUAAAUGACUGAAGGGAGGAAGCGAGGUUCACCUUGACAUAGCUCAACAUCACGACCUCAGGAAAGAAUUUACUGUAACCUGAGCCAAAAGCACAAUUUUAUACACUGUCACACUCUGUAUUUAAUCCUCCACUUUAUUGACUAGGCAGAAACAAGAAACACAGACAUUAUAAAAGUGGCAUUAAAACAUACAUAUCAGUUCUUUGUUUCUUUAUGUUACAUAAACAAUAAAAAAAAACAAAAUCAUG